AUGCAAUAUGUAACCACUGACCAUUACAAAGCUUCACAGCAUGUUGGAUGGCGAAGCCAACCAGACAGCAGUUCGUAAGCUAAUCCAAAAAUGCUACAUGGAAGAUUCUAGCAGCCGCAGUCUAGGUUUGCUUUCUCAUGUCAGACCCUACUCUUUUAAGGGUUGUUGGUCUUAUAAGGCUGCAUCACUGAUGCUAUGGAUAUAUACAAGGAAGCAUGUAAUUCAAUCCAGUCUAACCGAGUAGAAGCUGAAUGUAUUUAGGAGAAAAGUUAAUGACCCAUUGACCACAGUGAAGGCACGUGUGAAGAAUGAUGGUGUAGCCAACGCGCUGAUCCAAUACCAGUGGCGUCCAAAGUCGUAUAUCACUGUUUGUAGUUUGCUAGAAAAUUGGGAUCUUGCAGUUUCCACAUCGAAUAGUCCAAAAGCUGAUUUUGGCAUGGCACAUCAGGUGAUUUAGCUGUGGACGCUCACCAAGAAGAACUCGAAAGAGCUAUCAGUAAAGUGACUGUUGACAUUCAUGGUUCUUUUGUCUCUAUGUCGUCUUCGGUCCAUCCAUAAUAUGAUCUACUCAGGUUUAUUAAGUUUCUGAUUGCCAUCACUUUAUAUUUUCUUUUGAUUUUCUAUUGUAAAUUGGUGUAAGAAAUCAAAUUAAGGAUAUGCACUACAAUAGAGAAGAUUAUUUUGAAUUACAAGACGGUUAGUGGAUAAAUUUGCUAACUUUUUCUAAAUACAUCUACACUGAUCUAUCUUGCUUGAAAGGUACAUUCAAGCAAGCUAAAUUAAUUAAAAUGUCCCUCUUUAAAAUUGUUUUUAAUUAUAACCAGAUAAAUGGUUCAGCGAGACGGACUCGACAUCAGUUCGAAAUGGUGGAAAAUACUUGGUGAAUUUUCAUAAAGUUAACAAAAGUAAAUCCUUUUCACUACAAUUACGCCAUGUUCAAACUUACGUUUACAUCUUGACUUUAAAAAUUUAAAUGCAUGGCUUAAAGAUUAUACAAAGACACACUACAUUUAGCGCCCAAAAAUUCGGUUUACUCUUUACUAGCCCCGAGCAUAUUUAUCUAAAACCGAAGAACCGGGCUGAACCAAACCAAAAAACGAGGUUCGUUUUGGAUUUGGAUCCUAUCAAUUAUAGUAGUGAAUCCUAUAUCUCUAAAACCAGAAAACCAUAACCGAAUCAUGAACCGAAUGGAUAUCAGAAUAUCUAUAAUAUAGUUUAUAUAUUAUAAACACUAACUAUAUUUAGUUUUACAAUAAUCUAAUAAUUUAAAAAUACUAUUUAUAACUCGAGAUACCAAAAAAUUUGAAUUUUUAAAAUUUAUUUAUCCAAAAUAAUUAAAAUUGUCUGAAUUAUCCUAAUUUUAUCUGAAAACCCAAAACCAAAUCUGAUCUUUAAUCCGAAAACUCGAUUUUUUUUCACUUUUAACCCGAACUAACCGAAAAACCGGAACCAGAUGGAUUUCAAAGUUAUAAGCCGGUUCCCAACUUUGUUAUCCGUGCCGAACUGAAAACCCAAAUAACCGAACCGAAAUUGAACCAAACUUUUUAAAUAACCAUACAGGUCCUAAACCUCUAGAACCAAAAAACCAAAAAAAAAACUAAAAGAAUAGCACCGGAAUUGAACUGAGAACCGAAUGUCCGUGACUACUCUUUACUUUUGUUUUUACACUGAUUUUUGUUUAAGCAUUUUUGAGACUACGUUUAUAAAGCUAUCUUUAAAAAAAAAAAAAACCUUUUGCAUGUUAAAGUUCCUUUGUUUUCAUUUAAUUUACCAACACAAUUACCAGUGAAAUAUAAAAUACGGUUACAUCACACACAUGCGAUCUACCUACAUGAACUUCGACGAAUCUCUUCAAAACUAAAAUUGGUUACAUUUCAUCACAACACACAUUAGUUUGGGUCGGUUAGGUAAGAAUUCGAUUAGAUUGGGUCGAUCAAAAUUUUACCAAGGUAAACUGAAAAAAAUAUGGUUCGGUUUGGUUUCCAAAAAUCAUUGCGAUGUAUCAAUAGAAAUCAUUGCACUAAGUCAAUAGAAAUCACUGCGAUGACCAAUAGGCCUCAUUACACCAAUAGCAAAUCUGCUUUCCAAAUUAGACAACAAACCUACCCAAAAAAUUUAUAAAAAAUUACAAAUGUUAAUAACAGAAAUGUCAAAAAAAUCUGUUCUUUCUAUGUACUGUCCACAUCAUACUUAACAGUAUAAGUAUGUUCUCUACAUAAAACAUUUAAGUACACUAUUUGUCUAAAUUCCAAUUAAAUUAAUUUUGUUACGAUUAUCGAUUUUUUAUUAUAUUUUUAUUGAAUCAAUUAAUCACAACUACUUAUGUUAUUCCAGUUCAUCGAAUUAAGAAUUAAUAUUAAAAGAUACAAUAUUUACAUAUUACCACAAGAACAAAAAUAAUUAUGAAGGGAUAAAGAAGAACUUUUAAGACAAAAUAUAAGCAAUCAAAGAAUGAUAAGUAACAUGUAAUCUAGAUAUAUUGAUGGUUUUGUUUUGGCAGUUGCUUGCGGCUGGAGGUGGAAUGUCAGUGGAAAUUUCCAACAGAGGAGUGAUUCCAUUGGCUUAGAACAUCACUAAGAAGAAUAAAGUCGGAGAAACUAGCACUUAUUUGGAUGGAGUCUACCUUCUUUUCACUUGCUUAACUAAAACUUGAAUACAUUACUCCAAUGGAGACUGCUCUUACUACUGCAGUAUAGCCCAUAACGACAGUAUCCGUUUUUCUUCCUUCAAUAUAAAGAAGAAGUACAACUGAAGAUACGAUGAACAUUGCAUGUGUGUAUGUGACCAAAUUUAGGAUUCUAGAUGUUCCUUCUGAAUUAAAGUAAACCUAUCUUUAUUUCGUAUGUGUCUUUGUAUCAUUUGAAAAGUGCAUGUUUUCUUUAUCUACAGAGUGUGAGAAACUGCAAUGCACUUUUUAUUAUAUUAGCUAUUCAAACUCUUUCCUUUGAUAUGAAAAGUAAGUCUGGAUUUGAUGAUCAACUAUAUAAGUUUUUACGCAUACUAUAAACACAUGAGGACAAAUUACCUGGCAUAGAAGAAUAGCUUAUCAACAUUCUUGAACUUGGGGAGAGACAUCUGAGAAUGUAUGCACAGUUUAUUAGGUAUAACCGUAUAAGCUUGACUUAAUGAUGCGUGGAUUCUAUUCGUCAUGUCCCAAAUUGUUUUUGUUAUAGCUGGAUAAGUUAGCAAAAAGGCGAAGAAAUAUAUACUUUUAUUCCAUUCCAAUCGAUUUAAGAGCAAGAGAAAGAGUCCAUACCGCAUUCAUGCAUCUCGGUGGAAAUACCCAUAUAGAUGCAAUGAUUAUUGAAUUGUGACUUAGAUGUUUACGUCUCUCUAAAAUUUUAUGUUUCUUAGAUGUUUAUGUCUCUGUAAGAUUCAACAAAGGUGCUCGGAUUGAGGUAUGUUUAUCCGUGACUUUUCUUUGAGUCAAGAGACUUCAAUUUUAUUCCAAGUUAUUUUUUUUUCUCUGUAAGGCAGCAGCUACGCUCAAUUACUAAAAAAAAGAACAAAAGGCAGAAGCUAGGUGCCUUUUUGACAUCACACCAAACCAGGAAAGGAACUCUUUUAUUCAUAUUUGUUUUUUGAUUUUCACUAUAUGAUUCCAUCCAAAAAAGUAAAUAUAUAUAUACGCAACAGACUGUCCAUGAAUGAAUAUAUUACAAUUGCUAACAAAAAAAUAAAUAAAUAAAAUGUAUAACUAAAUUAUAAAUAAGUGGAGCUUAACAGUUUUUAGUGAAAACUCAAAUACAAAAGAUAUAUGAACUAAAGUUUGAGUAACUUUUCACUGAGUUUGCUUACCACUCUAUAUAUUUUCUGAUAGUAACAAACAAAUUUUAAAUUUUAAUACUUACAAAUUGUUGUGUGCAUGGUAAAAUAAGAAUAGUUUAAAAUGUUUACUUCUCUAAACAUUAUAUGUUUACAAAAAAUAAAGCACACAAUCCGCGCGUAGCGCGGACACGGACCUAGUUGUGGUAAUAACACUUCAACAUAGUAUGCAAGAUUACAACUUAAACAAUACUCCUCAGUUAUAUAAAGGAAAUAUCACAGAAUGAUAUGAAGUCAUUCCUAUAGCCGUAUAAUAUCACAAAAUGAUACAAAUAUACUUUAUUAAUUUUCAUAAAUAUAACUAAUAAAUAGUGCUUAAAAUAUUUCUAGACAUUAACAUUAAAUGACAAAUUCAUUCAUUUAAUAUUUAUGUUGUAGAAGAAAAAAUUAUAGUCAUGAUUUUGUUGUCAAAUUGUUUGCACUAAUGUUGUAUUAUGUCACCACCCAAGUUCAAACUCGCAUUAUUAAAAGACAAUUUAUUAAAAGGUAUAAUUUCAGUUAACUUAUUUUGUAUUUACUGAUACUUUUGGGCUAUAAUAAAUUUUAGAUCCUAUAAAAAAGGAAAAAAUCCCUAUAAUUAAAAAGUUAAAAGUAAAAUUUGGUAAAUGUGAUUGCAUCUUCGAGAUUAUGACAUAUGCUUGUUUAGUAUACUAAUAAUUUCUUUUGGAAAGUUUGACAAUUAAGUAUUAUAACCUUUAAAUAGGUCGUAUUAAUUUUUUUAACUUUGAUAUUAUUUAAAUAUCUAUUUGUAUAUGUAGGAGAUAGGCCGGCCAAAUCACGUGUAUAUAUUGCAAAGCAAAACCAUAGAGAAGAGUAUUCAGACGUCAAACAAGCUAUAAAAAUGGCUAAAGCACAUAUAUGUCUUUAUUUCGUCAUCUUUUUAUACCUUUAUUCAGAAGGAACUUUCACGAGAGUCAACGCAGAGGGUCAUCAUGGGGAGUGGUGUGUGGCGAAACCAGCUACGAAGAAAGAAAAACUUCAACAAAUUAUUGAUUUUGCAUGUUCUAAAGUCAAUUGUGCAGCUAUAUCGAAUGGCGGUGCAUGUUAUUCUCCUGAGGAUCUCCUUCUUCAUGCUUCUGUAGCCAUGAAUAAUUAUUAUCAAGCAGAAGGAAGACACUUUUGGAAUUGCAAUUUCGCAGGCUCUGGCAUCAUUGCCAUAACUGAUCCGAGCACUGGAAAUUGCAAAUAUCAAUUAAAAAAAUGAAGUAUAUGAAGUAUAUAAAGCUUCGUCUUUGUUACAAAAACAAAAUAGAGAACUCUAGUUCUCGAAUUUCAUAUCUGAUAUCUAAAGUUUAUGUGGUUCUAUUUGCAACUAUUAAAUGUUUAAGUUUACAUCAUCUAUCAUCGUAAGUUUCAGAAAAAGUUUUCCAUCAUCUUAUCAUCGUUAGAAAAAUAUAUAUAAAUUGUAGUCUGCUGUUAGUUUUUACAACCUGCACAAUAUGAACUUGAGGUAAGAGAAUCUGAUGAUCCAACGUUCUCCAGUUAAUAAAACAAAGUGGAGAUAUGGACAGAAAAUCCAAUUUUUACAUGGUCCAACAAUAUUUUUGGGGUGUAAAUUCUGGUCUAUGAAAUCUAAGCAUAAUACAAACAUAAAAUGAAGUGAAAAGCAAUAUCAAAGUAGAAAAAUCAUGGAAUAAAGUUAGAAAAACAAACUCAUGUACAUAAGGACACAAUCAGACCCAUACCGUCAACUCGGCGUUAGUUCUGAAGUGAAUGGAUAACUGAAUAAAAAAAAUAACAAAGUGUUUUGAUUCAUAAUGGCUGAAUCAAGCGGAGUCAAUGAAAACGUUACAUGUGACUUUGAGUUAUGAAAAUAAGCUGAAAAUUACAAGAAAUAGACAUAAAAUUUCUCUCAACAUAUACUAGGCAAUUUUUUUUUUGCUAUAUUAUUUUUCUACUUUUAUCUGAGAUUUUGAAAAAAAACUACAAAGUCAUCAAUACUAAAAUUUAAAGAAUUAUAAAAUGGUUGAAAAUCAAAGGUCGAAUACUGUAUAUUGUUUGUGUUAUGAUAUAUUGGCAAACAAAAACUUUUUGAUCAGUUUAACGUAAGUAUACGAAGUGCAAAAUAGAACUUACAUAAUACAGAGAAACUGACAUAAGUCAUCUCAUUUACUGGAACAAAAUCAUUUUUUGGUUAAAACUGGAACAUAAUCAUUUUUUUGGUUAAAUCUGUAACAGAAUAAUGAGAAGUUGAAGGUAUCAUUUUAUCAAAAGAUCAUAGUUUCUCCGUAAGGAAUCUUCAUGGAUUUCCAUGUCAAUGAUAAGCAGAGCCGGGCCUGAGAUUUUCGGGGCUCUAUCCGAAAUUAAAUUGUUUACAGAUUAAUGUAAAGAUUUUACAAAUUUUAUGUAUAAAUUUAAACUAUAGUAGUUGAGUAUAGUGCCUUUUUUUAUAGACAAGUUGGAAACAAAUGUAAAUACAUAUGAAACUGGAAAUCAAGAAGGAAGAAAAUGUGGCAUU